UGAUCGGGCGAAACCGGACCUUUAGGAGUACACCCGUGAAUCCGUGAUUUUCGAUUCUACCAAGUCAAAAAUAUCCCUAGGCUGCCUGAUAUGGCGGCAUGGAUCUUCCCAAACACGACAUUCUUAACGGUGCAAUUUUCAAAGAUCCAUUUUUUUCUUAUAUUUUUUUGGGGAAUUAAAGGAAAAAAGAAAACAUCAUUAAUAGCAUGACCUUCGAUCGGUUUGACGAGAAUGAUUGGCUCCUCCCGUAUGCCAACCAGGUAUAUGAAUCAUUAUUAUUGUCGCCCAGAACGCUCAAGAGGCCUUUUUUCCACGCGUUCUUCUUAUCCCACGACCUUCCCUGUUUCCACAUUCUCCUCCUCCAACAUAUCAUCAAUCGCUUCAACCCGGACCCACAUUUCAAAUUUCAAAUUGAAAUUUGAGGGUCAAUCUCAACUAUGCGUGUGCAGGGCGAGAGAUAUCAUUGAUGGGUUUGGUUUGCUCUGGAAAAGAAGAGGUGGGGGAGAAACUGAGAAAGUUGGUUCCUUUAUGGUUCAUGACUUGUGGGAUUAUGCUCAAUUAACAUGGAAAGAAAGAGGGAUGAUCAUUUGAGCAUUUCCUUCUAAAAGCUGAGGGUCAAUCCCAAUCGUGUGACUAAAGAGUGAGAAAUCUUUAAUGGUUUUGGUUUGCUUUGAAAAAAAAGGCGAUAAAGUCGGGUCCUUUAUGGUUCAGGACUUGUGGGUUAUACUGAACUAGCCAUUGAAAGAAUAAGGGGAUGAUAAUUUGGGCUUUGAGCAUUACUAAAUCGACUAUAACCACACAUGUUUAGGAGAUUAGGAUGGCUUUUGAGUCAAAGGAGUUUGUCAACGAAGAGGUUGCUCAAUGCGGAGCAACCAGACCCGGCAGCUACAAUGUCAAUGGAGAAGCAUCUGCAAAUGGAUGCUGUCCAUGAAGUUGCCAUUUAUGUUCAUAGAUUUCAUAAUCUUGACCUUUUUGAUAAGGGAUGGUACAAAAUCAAGAUCACCAUGAGAUGGGAGAAUGAUGCAAACACAUAUUCAGGCAUUCCAGCAAGGGUCGUUCAAUAUGAAGCUCCUGAAGUAGGUUCUGAUAAUUUAUGCAGAGUUUGGAGGAUUGAUGAUGCAGACAACAGUUUUUCAACACCUCCUUUCCGUAUCAAAUAUGCAAGGCAGGAUGUGUUUCUUUCUAUCAUGGUUUCGUUCUACCUAUCUUUUGGUGGAUAUGAGGGGCAAUGUUCUACUGCUGUUAUCCUGAGGUUUGAGCUUAUGUACUCCCCCGUGUCAAAAAUUAGGCCUGAUUUACAUGCUUCCCUAGAUCAAUGCACUGCUGCAGUUCAUGAAUACAGAAUACCCCCUAAAGCUCUUUUGGGAUUACAUUCAUAUUGCCCUGUUCAUUUUGAUGCUGUACAUACUGUCCUUGUUGAUACUAGUGUGCACAUCAGUCUACUAAGAGCUGGUUUUCGCACACCCCGACUGAUGAUACCCAGUGAUUCCCUGGCUUCAGAAGGCACUCACAGUGAAGAUUCUACUGUGUCAAAUAAAGUUAUGCUCAUCAAAGCAUUGAUUGCUGCUCGAGAUAUCCUGCUUGAAGAUCUAAGAAGAUUAAGCAAGGGAAUUGACCAAGCUAUUGAUUGGACUGAAAUUACUUCCAAAAUGGAUUCAUUUGGUUCUGCUCCUGCAGAUAUGGAAAUUAAAGAUGGGAUUGAGGGAGAUUCCCCACCUGUAUCUGUGGAAUAUCUGUCAAAAUCUUUCCGGCCUCUGGGGAAUCAACUCUUAUAUCUGUGGAAUCAAUUUCUGAUAUUCCAUAGGGAAAACAAAAUGAAUAUAAUGGAAUUUCUCCGUAAUUCAUGGGCCAAUGACCGAAGAGCUGAAUGGUCAAUUUGGAUGGUGUACUCAAGGGUCGAGAUGCCUCAUCGCUAUUUGAGUAAUAGAGCUGAUAGGACAUCAUUGCGUGGUAGCUUUCUUGGAAGAUCGUUAAGUUUGAGGAGGUCAAGAGAUGAUCCUGUUCAGACUGCUUCAAUGCGUGCUGAACUUCAUAGGCGAAGUAUCUCUCACAUGAGGAUCAACAACCGCUCACUUCAAGACAUGCAUAUAUUUGGGGAUCCUUUGUGCUCUCCUAUUGUUAUUGUUGAACGCGUGACAAACAUUAUGCGUUCAACCAGUGUGAAUUCAUACUUCAAUCCUUUUGCGGAGAAAGCAAAAUAUCCAAUGGAAAAUGUAUCUAGAGCCGCAAUCAAAUUUUCUGCAAGUAGCGCUCAGAAAAAAGAGCAUGUUUUGAGAGUAGUUGUUUUUGUGCAUGGGUUUCAGGGACAUCAUUUGGAUUUACGGCUUGUUCGGAAUCAGUGGCUUUUAAUAGACCCCCAUGUGCAGUUUCUUAUGUCAGCAAGUAAUGAAGACAAAACAUCUGGAGACUUCAGAGAAAUGGGAUCACGGCUCGCGCAGGAAGUGAUCACUUUUCUUGAAAAGAAGAUCAUUAAAUCUUCAAAAAAUGGAAACCCAAAAGAAAUCAAGCUUAGCUUUGUUGGUCAUUCUAUUGGAAAUCUUAUUAUCCGGACUGCUUUGGCAGAGAAAGUCAUGGAGCCAUAUCUAAGAUACUUGUAUACAUAUGUUUCAAUGUCUGGUCCACACUUAGGUUAUAUGUACAGUUCAAACUCUAUAUUUAACUCAGGACUUUGGCUUUUGAAGACCCUUAAUGGAACACAAUGCAUCCAUCAGCUGACUUUUACAGAUGACCCUGAUCUUGAAAACACCUUCAUCUACAAUCUUUCCAAGAGGAAGACGCUGGAAAACUUCAGGAAUGUGAUACUGUUAUCAUCACCUCAGGAUGGUUAUGUUCCAUACCACUCUGCCAGAAUUGAACAGUGUUCGGCAGCUUUUUUGGAUUCCUCUAAAAAAGGGAAAAUCUUCCUGGAGAUGUUGAAUAAUUGCUUGGACCAGCUCCGAGCUCUGUCUGAUCAUCGUGUGGUCAUGCGCUGUGACGUUAACUUCAACACCGCCUCUUAUGGCCGGAGCUUGAGCACGCUCAUUGGACGCGCUGCUCACAUUGAGUUUUUGGAGUCUGACACUUUUUCCAAGUUCAUAAUGUGGUCUUUCCCAGAGAUGUUUCUCUAGUCAUCAGGGAAACUCAGCUGAUGUAGAAAACAAAAGUGAAUUUAGCACAAGAUUUCCAGAAAAACUGGAUUGGGAUCAAAGGUCAGAGCUUUGAUGCGACUAUUUAAAUGUUUGCAACACAAGAUUUUUCAAUAGAAACACAACAUGUGUAUAUGUUUUAGUUUUA